AACCUCACCUCAAUCGAAAUCGGAAAGAAGCGGUCGCCAUUACGUAUCACUAUAACAAUUUUGUAUUUGCAGUCCUAAAAGAAAUUGCUUGUGUCAAAUAAACGCGCGUGAUUUGUUUUGAAUUCUAAAUUGAAAAUUAGUUACUGCGAAUAAAAAGUUUGCCAAAUCUACUCUUUUGGCAAAAUUAAGAUGGCACCCCCAAAAAAGAUAGUAAAACGUCAACAAGAGAUUAUGAUAGACUUCCUGGAACAGAACAUUGAAAUGGCCAAGGGCAUCCCUGUGAGUUCCCCGGUGACCCACGAGGCUAUGAAGGAGAAGUGGAUCAAACUGACAAGAAAACUUAACGCUGUUGAUGGUGGCGAUAAGAAGGCAGUGCAGGGAUGGAAACGUUACUGGUUCACAUGGCGACACAGAUGCAGCAAGAAAGCCGAAAAUGUAAACAAAAUCAAAACAAUGUCUCCGGGUGACCUACACAGGUUCCUGCCUCUGGAUGAGCUGGAAGUUAGAGUCUUGCAGUUGCAUCAGAAGCAAAAAGGUUCUAUACCCAAGGUGGAGUACAUAAAACAGGACUCAGAAUCAGAUAUUGAACACGAGCAGGAUGAAGAAACCCAUUUCCCUGUUAAGGUCCAAAUAAAGGAAAUAAAAACAAUGAGGCCUACAACAGAUUACAACUCUAAAAUAAAUAGUAUAGACCCGAGUACGCCGCCGCCACAGUGGGCGUUGGACUUGGAAGACCGCAGGAUAGCGGCCGAGGAGCGAAUGGCCGACGCGUUGGAGACCAUCGCCAACACCAUGCGAACACAGGAAGAAAGACGCAGCAUGUUGGACGAGAGGAUAGCCGACGCGUUGACAGCCAUCGCUGGCACCCUGCAGGAGAUCAACAGUAGUUCACAACACAGGAACGCUAUGAACCAUAUGCCCACGCAAUCAGAUCAAGAGAGUGCAAUGAAAGAUGUUAUAUUUCUAUAGUCUUUCGAAUAUAUGAAGCUAUGUAAAUAUGUUGUAAAUAACAAUUUAGAUUUUACAAUAUUUUGUUCUAUUAAUACCUAUUAAUUUCCCAUUUAUAUGUAGGUAUAUUAGGAGCAUAUAACUUUUAAUAAUUUGUAAAUAUAAAUACAUACUU